AUGGGAGCUAGAUAUGGUCACGAGAAAAAAGGAGACUGUAUGGAAUAUUCAGAUGUGGUAAAAAGAUUUAACAAGAAAAUAAAUAUUGAUUAUUAUACCGAGAGUUUAUUUGUCCUUUGUGCCUGUUUUAUAAAUUAUGAUGAUAAAUACCAGCCAUCACCCAAAUCUCUAUUAAAAACCUUAGACCACAAAAAGAAAUCAAAGGAGAAGAUAUCAAAAAUUGUUAAGGAAUUAGAUGAAGACAAAAUAGGGAAUAUAAAAGAUGAAGAGUUACAGAAGUUAGCCAAAAAAUGGCUUAAAAAUUAUAUUAAAGAAUUACAUGCCAUUACUCACGUAGAAAAAAUAUGUUCUAGUAUUAGCGAAGCUGAUAUAACUAGACCUUCAGGUGCCUCUACGAGGCGUAAUGAUUAUCAUAAUACAUUAGAUAAAAUUGCAGAUUCUAUUCGUUUAAAGUUAUCAGAUCUACUUUCAAAAUUGUCUAAGCUCAAU